AUCCUCGGCGUCUCUGCCCGGUCUGCACCGUCGCUUCCAACUGUCUCCGCGUGGCACGAGCCACGAGCCGCGCUCUUCCCCCGGCGGCGGCGGCGGCGGCGGGUGCAAGCAAGGAGUGGCUGCGAGCGGCGGCGGGCUCCAUGGAGAGCGGCGGGCGCCGGAGCAGAGGCGGCGCUUCCACCGCUGCGCCCGGACUGCAGUGACCCGCGUUCCGCCCCGCGUCCCGGCGGCCGCCCGGCCUCGCCGUCCGUGUCCGUGCCGCCGCCGCCGCCCGUCCCACCGGCGCCCGAGCAUCGCGACUUCCUUCGGCCCGACUCCCCGGCGGGGUGGCGGCGGCCGGGUCCCCACGGUGGCGGCCGGAGCAGCGGCUGCAGGAGCCCGGCUCUAGGAUGAAGUUCAAGCCCAACCAGACGCGGACGUACGACCGCGAGGGCUUCAAGAAGAGGGCGGCCUGCCUGUGCUUCCGCAGCGAGCAGGAGGACGAGGUGCUGCUGGUGAGUAGCAGUCGGUACCCAGACCAAUGGAUUGUCCCAGGAGGAGGGAUGGAGCCGGAGGAGGAGCCUGGCGGUGCUGCUGUGAGGGAAGUGUAUGAAGAGGCUGGAGUCAAAGGAAAGCUAGGCAGACUGCUCGGAAUAUUUGAGCAGAAUCAAGACCGGAAGCACAGAACAUAUGUUUAUGUUCUGACUGUCACUGAAAUAUUGGAAGACUGGGAAGACUCCGUGAAUAUAGGAAGGAAGAGAGAGUGGUUCAAAGUAGAAGAUGCAAUCAAGGUUCUUCAGUGUCAUAAGCCUGUCCACGCAGAGUAUCUGGAAAAACUAAAGCUGGGCUGUUCUCCGACCAAUGGAAAUUCCUCGGUCCCUUCCCUCCCAGAUAACAAUGCCUUGUUUGUGACUGCUGCGCCGCCCUCUGGGGUGCCAUCCAGUAUAAGAUAGAGGGUUGGGGUCCCUCCCCCAUCAUGUGAUGCACAUGUCACAAGGAGAGGCUCUUUCACUUCUAACACACCUGACUGCUGCUGGCAAACUCUGUAUUUGCUAUGCAGGGAUUUCAAAUAAUUUGCAUGUAUUUCAUCUGCUUUCAAGUCUUUUAAAAUAAAUAACAAAAUAGCAAAAAAUAUUUUAAGAUGCCAAAGCCAUGUGGAAUUUUUUUUAAAGCCUUCAUUGUACCCCAUUCCUUUGGUUUUCAUUUUUAUAACCUUUUUGACAUUUUCACUUUUGUCCACUUAACAUUCUAUGGUUUGUUUUGACAGAUCAACUGGUUAUUGGGUAUAUUUUUUGCCCAAUUUUUUUUUUUCUUACAGUAUCAAAAUAGACACCAAAUCUUUGUUGGGAAUUAAUGAAAAAUUCUUGGUAUUUAAAGAAAUCUAUCCACCCCAAAACUUAAAGAGAGUCAUAUUCUCCCUUUGUAAACUGCAGAUUUGGGCCGUGUUUGUAUGGGCCAGGAGCCUUUGACAAAGCACUUCAGCUUCCUGUUUCUGAGAAUUUGUUCACAGGCAGAAUUAUGUCACGGUCCAUGUACUAGGACCGGUUCCCCUCUGCCACAGUGAUUUGAUGUGAAAGUGUGCCGUCUUUUAGGGAAAACUGUCAGUACUUACACGUGGCUCUGCAUAGCUCAUCCUGAAACUGGUUAUAGAAAUCUAUUUAGCACGCUCAGCUGCUAUUUCCCUUCUUUGACAUAGACUCUAUUAGGGGCCACAUUUCCCUCAAGGGUGAGUACUCUUUAAAUAUAUUUUCAGUUUCUGAUUUAGAGACAUUGUUCACCACUGGACUAGACUAACCUUGGAUGCCGGUCAGUGACGACUUUGUCACACUAAAUAAGAUGGCUGUUCUAGGCCUAAGACACUGUCUUGAGGGUCAGUAAGUGACGAGUCAGAUGAGUUAACUGUGGGGAAACUAGAACAUUCGAGCCAAGAAUUAUUGUACCUCGCCUUUGUGCUGACUCAAAAUUGGCCAUCCCAUGAAAAAGUACCAUGACUUCAUGGAGGAAGUGAAGGGGGAGAAGAGGAAAAGAUCUUUAGCCAUUAUUAACCUUUUGUAAAUACUCUAACUGGCAAGCUUAAGACAGUGAAGACAUUUGUUCUGUCGCUUGUUAACCUUUAAACUGUAAUAGUGCUGCUGACAAGGGUCCUUGCCUGUAAGGAAAACUGGCACCGUUUCCAUAAUGAGAUCUUGGGCCACCGAUGCAGCAGAACUAAAAGCAUUAGAUUCCAAAGCAGAAGAACUCAGCCAGUAGUACUCAUUCUAAAUUAUGUAGUGUAACCAAGCGUGAUCGUCCAGACCUUUUAUAUUUUUCUUUGUACAGAGGUCAUGUACUCUGGGUGUUUUAAAAGAAACAUUUUAAAGAAACCCACAGAUUGUCAUUCUCUAUCUUGUUUUCUCACGAUUCUCUGCAAUUCUUCCCUGUACUAAACACAACAGAGAAACUGGACUGUUUUGUAUAGAAUACUGCUUCCAGCAAAUAAACCAUCACAAGUGCUUGGGGGUUUGUAUGUACACGAUACUCUCAGAGGUAAUAAUGCAUGAACCUAUUUUAUAUGUAAAAUAUGUACAGUAUUCAUGUCAACCAUCUCUUUAAAAGUUAGCCUAUAAAUAUUGUUGUAUAAUUUCUUUGGUCAGAAACAUUUGGACUAAGUCAUGUCACCUGGGUCAGGAUUUCUUUCAGUGCCAUUUAGCAAACUGUCUUUAGUCUAUGCAAAUAGCAAAGAUUUACAGAAUGCAACUGAAUGCAGCUUCACUGUUAAAUUUCACCUGAGGGCUCCUCAUUAUUCUUCUGGAACCCAGAACUUGAAAGAUCUAAAGGAAAUUGAAUCUAGUAGAGCUCAUGUCUACCAGCCCAGCCGCCUGCAGCGGGGAGACUGCUGUUUGUGCUUAUCUGUGCAGGCGCUGAAUAAAACGGGGCAGCUAAAUUCUCCAGUUCCAUGUGCCUCCUAAUGUUUAAAAGAAAAAAGCAAAGUAACUUGUUAAAAAUUGACUUGCAAAAAAGUAGAAACUGUUGGGUGGUGGUGUAAAGAAAUGGCAUUUUCCCACCAAGGACAAGCCAUCCAGUUGUCAGUCACACCGUAUGAAGCAGCAAAGGUGAAGGAGAGAAAAGGGUAUGUGUACAAGAGUUGCUUUGCAUGGUCUCAUCUGAGAUGGUUGCAUUCGAACUGUUGUAAGAAUUGUAAGAAUCUUGACUUUUUUACGUUUGGAAACAUCAAAUAAAAAUGGAAACAACCUC